CGCCACGCGGUGACGUCACCCGGCACGAAGGAGGAAGUAGAUUGCGCUGGCGUUAGCGGUGAGGGUGGAAGUGUAAUACACGCUGCAAGACACCGGAGUCACUUAACGCCGCGGUCUUUAGUCACUAACCCACAGCGAUGUCUCCCGAUGAGCUGGUUUACUUGGGAAUUCUUGCUGCCUCCAUCCCUGUGGGUUUCUUCUUUCGCUACCUCAGUCCUUCUGUGAAGCAGAGGGCGGCUCUUCUUCUGGGCCUCUCCAUCACCAUCGCCACCUGUCACGUCCACACACUUCACUCGUUGGUGACAGUAAUUGGAACAUGGAUUAUCAUAAAGAGCAGCUGGUGGCAUGCUCCAGCACUCAGCCUGGGCUGGACCUUUGUCUACCUCCUCUUCUUUCGCCUUGCGACCUGGUUUGGCCUCCCACAACCGACGCCGUUUUCUAAUGCCAUCCAGCUACUUCUCACACUCAAGAUGGUGAGUCUAGCAAAUGAGGUGCACAGUUUCCACACGGAGAAGAAAAAGGAAGUGAGCUCUUUUUCCAAGUCCCCCGUCGUCGGUGGUCUGUCUCAGGAACCCUCUCUCUACGAUAUUCUGUCCUAUAGCUAUUGUUAUGUUGGAAUAAUGACUGGUCCGUUCUUUCGCUUCCAAACCUACGUUGACUGGAUCUCACAGCCCAGUCCACUGGCCCUCCCCGGCUGGGAGCCGUGUCUGCAGCGGUUAAAGCUGGUUCCCAUCUACGGUGCUUUGUUCAUCGCUGUCAACUCUUUGUUUCCUCUGGCCUAUGUGCGCACCGAGGACUUUCUGGAUCAAACCUAUUUCUACAGGCUCUUCUACAUGAUAGCGAUAUUCUUCGUCUUUCGGAUGCGUUUCUAUUCAGCGUGGUGUGGAGCUGAGGCUGGCUGUAUCAGUGCAGGUCUGGGCUGCUAUCCAGAAAAGGCGCUGUCCAAACCUGGAGGAGGACCCACCAUCAACUACAGUGUCGAUCCGGCAGCUGAAGAGACAUAUGACUUCAAAACCAUCCAGAACAUCGACUGCUACAACACUGACUUCUGUGUGAAAGUCAGACACGGCAUGCGUUACUGGAACAUGACGGUCCAGUGGUGGCUGCAUCACUACAUCUAUCCCAAUGCCCCUUUUAAAUCCUACACACUCAGGGCUGGUUGGACCAUGUUCAUCAGUGCCUACUGGCAUGGCCUACAUGCGGGCUACUACCUCUCCUUCCUCACCAUUCCUCUGUGCAUCGCAGCUGAAUCUGCCAUGGAGGCCUCAGUUCGAGCUAAACUGGGUCCUCGUGGACAGAACAUCUUCGACUGGGUUCACUGGUUCUUGAAGAUGAGGGCCUACGACUACAUGUGCAUGGGCUUCGUGCUACUGAAGGCAUCUGACACCAUCAACUACUGGAUGUCCAUCUACUUCAUCAUGCACAUCAUCGCAGUUGCCUGUAUAAUAGUGGGCAGAGCAUUGAAGGGGGGAAAAAGGGAAGGGAGAAGAGGGGACAAGGACCAGAAAAAAGAGGGCCAGAAGACAGAAAACGCAGAAGAACGUAAAGCAGAGAAGAAAACAGACUGAGCUGAGCUGCACAACCUGGUUGGAUAAGUUUUGGGACAUGAGAAGAAAUUUCUUCAAGACUGGAUUUUCUUUAUUUAAUGCAUCACCACACAUCCAGUAGGUUUCAGUAAGAAAUGUAUCUGAUCAAAAAACACACUAUCAAACAGUCGCCAUGGCACGUGUACAUGUAAAAGUGCUAUGAGCACUGGGAGCCUGAGCUCAGUGGAUGCUAAACAGGGACGUCUGCCUGUACAAUAUUUGGGAUUUUAUUUCAAAAUAUCCAAUGCAAUAUGCCCAUUCAAAGCACAAACAACGUGCUUUGGUGAAAUUAGUUUUGACAUUGGAAAAGCUAGGCCACAGGUACUUUUGGUUUGCUGCCUUUUUAAGCUUUAUAGUGUUUGUCUGCUUCAGUUUACUACUUUAAUCCAACAAAUCCAAAAUAUUUCCUUCCUGUCAUCCUGCCUGCAAUAAUCAUAAUUCAGGUAAUGUCUGGAGCAUACUGUAAGCAGUGUUGUAUUCAAUGAAGAUUGUAUGAAAGACACUAGCAUUUCUUCACUGCCACCAUGUCUGUACUGCCGUUAAGGACCGCUCCGGGUCGGGACCAAGUAUUUGAUACAGAUGUUGUUUCACAUCAUGACCACAGACUGAUAAGUCAUGAGUAAUAGCACAGUUAGGGCUGCAAGAUGUUGAGGUUUGUCACAUGUAUGUCCCAAAUGUACCCAAAACCAAAUCAAUCAAACUCUGUCAUGUGACUUAACUUGUAAAACAGAAGAAGCAUAGGAAACACUGUAUUAUAUUUGUACUUAAUUUUAUAAUAGCGGCCACACACUGUAAAGUCAACAUGUAGAAAGUUCUUUUAAACCUUUCAAACUGUGAUUAAUGAGUUUACAGGUUUACGAUGGCGAGCAGUGAUGGGAUCAUCUCUCCCAAUGUGUUUUUUCUCAAGAUGAUUUGACUAUACGUUGCUUUUGCACUGUGCUGUUGUCUUUGACCAUUUCUGUGCCAAAACUCAGCUCUUUUUAUUGUGCCAGUGUUGAGAAGAGUGUGAAUUACAUUUCUCCAACUCAAA